UGCACUAAACUAUAAAUUUGCACCUUAUAACAUAGCACGGGCGCUCUCAUAGGGUCCAACUGACCCCUAGACAGCCCUGCCUGCAUUCCUUGUAGCGCAAUUGGCUGCCGAAAAUCGCCCAUAAGCUAUGGCAGCAGGAGCCCCAAGAAGUGGUCUUGGGCCUCUCCCAGUGGACUCACAGGUGGAGGACCCAACGCUUGAAAGGUCCUUCAGGGGUCACAAGGAUGCAGUUACCAGUGUCUGCUUCAACCACAACAUGAAGCAGCUGGUGACGGGCUCGCUGGACAACUGCGUAAUGGUUUGGAACUUCAAGCCUCAGCUGCGUGCGUUCCGGUUCGCAGGCCAUAAGGCCGGCGUGUACUCGGUGGCGUUCUCGCCCGUGCACGCUCUAAUUGCCUCCGGCUCGAAAGACCGGACAGUGCGCCUGUGGCAACCGACCGUCGAGGGCAAGUCCACGGUGCUCAAGGCUCACACGGGCACGGUGCGCGGCGUGACGUUCAGCAGUGAUGGCCGCAUGCUGGCCACCUGCUCGGACGACAAGACCGUCAAGAUCUGGUCAGUCGCAACCCAGAAGUUUGCUUUCACGCUGACGGGGCACCAGAACUGGGUGCGCUGCGUGCACAUCUCACCGGACGGGCGCCUGGCGGUGUCGGGCGGCGAUGACCGCACCGUGCGCAUCUGGGACCUGAACUCUAAAAAGGUGGUGCGCACGUUUGAGGACCCGACGGGGCUGACCAACACGGUAUCCUUCCACCCGGAUGGCACUUGCAUUGCCAGCGGCUCCACAGACAACAGCAUCAAGCUGUGGGACCUGCGCUCCAACGUGCUGCUGCAGCACUACCGCGCGCACACAGGCCCUGUCACGCACCUGUCCUUCCACCCCACGGGCAACUUCCUGCUCAGCUCCUCACUGGACACCACGCUCAAGGUUUGGGACCUACGGGAGGGCCAGCUGCUGUACACGCUGCACGGCCACGAGGGCGCCACCAACGGCACCGCCUUCAGCCCCGCGGGAGACUACUUCGCAUCCUGCGGCGCGGACGAGCAGGUGAUGGUGUGGAAGACCAACUUUGACCGCUUUUUGGAGGACUACACGGGGGUCAGCGUCGCCAAGCAGACGCGCACGGACCCGCUCAUCAGCGAGCCUGCGACGGCGGCAGCAGCGGUGCCCUCGACGGCACCAUCUGGCGGCACUAGCGGGAUGGUGCCCUCACGCGUGGCGCCAUUCCCCGCGCCAGUCUACCUCCGCUCCAGCCCUGCACCAGCGCAAGCCGCGCCGCAGACGGGCGCUCCUCAGCCAGGGCCGCCGCGCUCGGCAGCAGCCGCCACGUCCGGCGGCCGCACAAUCACCCCCGUGGUGCCGGGAGGGCCGGGCGCCAGCGCCGCCGGGGUGGCAGCCGCGGAGGCGGCGCGUGCGGGGCGGCUGGCUGAGGAGUACGAGGUUGAGGUGCCUCCGCCGCUGAACCUGGUGGACCUGCCCGACAGCCUGGCGGCCACGCUGCAACACAUGGUGGGCCAGCUGGACGUGCUGACUCAGACCAUUGCGCUGCUGGACGAGCGGCUGACGCGGAACGAGGACUAUGCGCAGCGGCUGGAGGAGAAGCUGGGCGCGGUGGCGACGGGGCUGUCGCAGCAGGCGGAGGGGCUUGCGGGACUGCAGCAAGUGAUGGGCAUUGAUGCGUCGGCUGCUGCCGCUGCGUCGGCGGCGGCGGCAGCCGCCAAGGGCGGCGCGGUGGAGGCGGCGGCGGCGAGGCUGGCGGGGUUCCAGAUGUACGACACGAUGCAACAGUACAGCGACCAGCUGUGAGCGGUGUCAGGAUGACGUGGCGUGCGGCGGAGUGUUUGACAAAACAAUGACCUAACUGGCACACUAUUACAACUUGGACGAGGCGUACAGCCAUGGGCACACCAAGGUCCUUUAUCAUUCAUGAUACUAGCGGGCGGUGCCGCACACGGCCACGCACACCCCAUAUCAACCGGCGCAGACGCUGGGCAAGGUCUGAGCCGGUAAGGUCGAGCCAAGGCUUGACGCGGCAAGUGCGCAGCUUGCGAUGGAAGCUAGGCCAGGCGCUGAGCCCUCGUGGCGCCCAUACCUAAAUGUAUGUAACCACAUAACGAU